UGGUACGAAUGUAUCAAGUGACCGAAGUUUUACGAAAAUCUCGAGAUUGUAUUUCAGAAAACUAACGAACGGGAGUAACGAACAAUCUCGCGGAUAUUGUUUCUCUCUCAAAAUCGACUGUUAAACAUAAUUCAUGUGAUCGCAAGAUCUACAUAGGAACUGGUUGAAGAUGAAAAGAAAAAGGAGUUUAAAUCGACAAGACUCUAGAUAUUUUUAUAAUAGUCCAUUGAAUGUUUUUAGGAAAAGUUUGAUAGAUGAGAAGAUGGUACACAAGAAUAGGAGGUUAUCUGGUGGAAAGUUGAAAAAACAAAAUGCAGCGAACUCCUCUAAAAGAAUACCUUCACGAAAUAGUAUAAUUGUCAUCAAUGACAGCGACAGUGAAAGAGAUGAUAGAAAUGAAGACGCCUCACUCAGCGUCAUUGAAUGUAGUUCAAUAUCAUCUUUUCAACAAAAUAAAAAACUGAAAACUUCUACCAAGAAAAACACAAAUAAAUCAUCUGUAAUAUCAUUAGAUAAUGAUUCAUCUAUACUUUGUUUGACAGAUAUGCAGGAAUGUUUAAAUGAAGAAAGUAUAGCACCAUCACAAACAGAGGAUGAUGUGGUUGAAUUAUGGUCAUGUCUAAAUUCAUUAAAUAUGAGUAAAGACAAAAAAAAGCAUAAAAGAGAGAAAAAUGCAGAUAAAAAUAAAGAUGUGACACAUUAUUUUGAUGAGACAAAUGAGAUGUUUGUGAUAGAUACAACACCAAAUUUGAAGUAUCUCAAAUUUUUAAGAGAUACAAAUACAAAUACAUCCGAAUAUGUAUGGAAAAGAAAAAGAAAACAAGAUGUAUCUUCCAAUAAAACUAUAGCCAAAUCGUUCGUUAAACCCAUUAAGCGAAGCACAUUGAAAUGUUCAGAUAACAGUCAAAGAAAAAGGCACUGUGGAAACUGGAAUCCAAGUCCCACAAAAUUAAAUAUACGUUAUAGUAAUAAGUUGCGAAAAGAAGCAGAGGAAACUCAGAAAAAUACAGAUGAGAAUAUCGGAACAAAUUCAAAAUAUAAAUUAAGAGAGAUAAUUGUUGACGGUUGCAAUGUGGCGAUGAACCAUACACAAGGUAAAGAAUUCUCAGAAAAAGGUAUCCAAAUAGUGGUAAAUUAUUUUAAAGAGAGAGGUCAUAUUGUAAAAGUUUUCUUACCACAACACGUUCGUAGAAAGGAACAUACAUUUCUUGAGCAAUUGUACAAAGAAGGAACAGUCAUUUUUACACCUAGCCGCAAAAUUGGUGGUAGACAAAUUACAUCUUACGACGAUCGAUUUAUCUUGAAAUAUGCGACAACGUGUGGAGGGAUAGUAAUUUCCUCGGAUCAAUACAGAGAUCUGUAUAGAGAAAAACCGGAAUGGCGCAAUACUAUUCUGAACCGUUUACUGAUACCCACCUUUGUUGGGGAUUACAUUAUGUUUCCGGAAGAUCCGUUAGGCAAGUUUGGACCUAAUCUCGAGAGAUUUUUGCGACAUUGAUACAAUUAUAUUAUUAUAAAAUAUAUUAUUCUCAAGGAAUGGAAGUAAUUAGUUACUUGCAACGCUGUUACUUUCCUUACCAUUACUCUUAUAAUAACAGUUUGACAGUAAUAAAUUUUUACAGAAAA